AUGGACAGGCUGAUAAGCUUAGAGCCAUCGAACGUCGUAGCAAUCAGGAUUGAACCUGGACACAAGUGCUCGGGCGAGCUUACUUUGCGUAAUGUAAUGUACACCAUGCCGGUGGCUUUCCGGCUUCAACCGGUGAACAAGACUCGUUACACCGUUCGACCACAAUCUGGGAUCAUAUCUCCUCUUAUGACCCUCACUGUCGAGAUUACUUAUAAUCUUCUUCCCAAUUCGAAUCUCCCCGAAUCAUUCCCUUACUCUGAUGACUCAUUCCUCCUACACAGUGUUGUGGUUCCAGGUGCAGCAGUUAAAGAUCCUUCAUCGACGUUUGAUUCUGUCCCUAUUGACUGGUUUACUACAAAGAAGAAGCAAGUAUUCAUUGAUAGUGGCAUCAAAAUCAUGUUUGUGGGCUCUCCGGUGUUGGCUCAACUCGUUGCCAGUGGAUCCAUGGAAGAAAUCAGAGAAGUGCUCGAGAAGAGUGACCCGGCGUGGAAGCCAGCCGAUGCUGUUGGUGCCGAUGGUCAAACAUUACUUCACUUGGCAGUUUCUCAAAGUCGGCCUGAUCUUGUCCAGUUGUUUCUUGAAUUUGAACCAGACGUGGAGGCUCAGAGCCAAUCAGGGUCUAGCCCUCUUGAGGCAGCGGCAGCGGCAGGUGAAGCACUGAUCGUGGAGCUCUUGUUGGCUAAUCGAGCCAGCACAGAGCGAUCAGAGUCCUCCACUUGGGGGCCGAUUCACCUCGCCGCCGGUGGUGGUCAUAUGGAGGUUCUGAGGCUUCUUUUACGGAAAGGUGCUGAUGUGAACUCAGUCACAAAAGAUGGAAACACAGCUCUACAUCUUGCAGUCGAAGAGAGAAGAAGGGACUGCGCGAGGCUCUUGUUGGCCAGUGGCGCAAGAGCUGCUGUUCGUAACUCCGGCAACGGCAACACCCCAUUACAUAUUGCCGCUGCCUUGGGUGACGAGCACAUGGUGAAACUUUUACUGCAAAAAGGAGCUAACAAAGAUAUCAGAAACCGAUUUGGGAAAACAGCUUACGAUGUUGCAGCAGAGCAUGGCCACGCUAAACUCUCUGAUGCACUUCGCCUUGGGGACAGCCUCUGCGUGGCAGCUCGGAAAGGGGAGGUAAGAACAAUUAAUAAGCUUCUUGAAAAUGGAGCGGCCAUUAAUGGCCGCGACCUCCAUGGAUGGACAGCACUGCACCGAGCUUCAUUUAAGGGACGAGUUGAUGCAGUCCGAACUCUGAUUGAGAAGGGUGUUGAUGUUGAUGGUAGAGAUGAGGAUGGCUACACUGCCUUGCACUGUGCAGUGGAGUCUGGCCAUGCGGAUGUGACCGAAUUGCUGGUGAAGAAGGGGGCUGAGGUGGAGGUGAGAACCAACAAGGGUGUUACUGCUCUGCAGAUUGCGGAGUCACUGAACUACUCAGGGAUCACGAGAAUACUGGUCCAUGGUGGUGCCUCCAGAGAUGGAGCUUCACAGAUCACUGCAACAAAAAUGGAGUCGCCAUCAUAUAAAAAAGGAAUGGGGACUAGAGAGAUGGAAAGGGAAGCAACCAAGAAGAAGCCUAACCGACCAAGAGUCCUUCGUAGCAGCUUUGAUCGAUCUUCGCCAUUGGCAGUCAUCUAGUUAUUGUGAAACAUAUGUGAGUUUUUUUUCUUCUUUCGUGACAGUGUUCAAACUAUUUCUUUUUUGGGUGAAAUUUGUGGAAGUUGUAGACUCAAAACUGUUCUUUUGUUCAUUAUUAUGUAAAACCCAAAUAGAAAUUGUUCUUGCAACAUCCUUUUUUUUUGGCAUCAUUCUUGUAAGAUCUCAAACCCUGAAAAUCAAUGUAAUUCUAGAAUUCCUAUCUAAUGACCCUGUAAGAUGAUCUCCAUUUCCUUCUAGGGCAGAUCAAGUUUUCCUUGUAAGAGCAUCUCCACCAACAAAAUGCAUUUUACCUACUCAAAAAGCAAUAUUUUCUAUUUUAGCU